CCGCUAUCUUGGCCUUGGCCCACGUGUGCGUGGAGCCUACCUCUUUUGGGGGCCCGUUUCCAGUGUGACGGGACGUUGAAUUUUCCAGUGUUGCGGAGCUGUCUGUCCAUGGCGGCCGCGGCGCGAGACCGGCGGCGAAGGGGCCGCGCUCCCGGGGCUGCCUCCGCGGAAGACGACGGGGAGGAGCACCACCUCAACCCCUUCCUCUCGGACGAGGCGCCCUCGUCCUCCAGAGUCCAGUUCAGGAACGUGGCGUCGCGGGCGCGGUGGGUGGAGGAGGCCGGCGCGGCGGAGGUGCUGGACAGCAAGGGGAAGCUCUGGCUGACCACCGGCGUCACACGCGGCGGCAAGCUCGACUACAAUGUCGAGGAGAUCGGGUUUUUGGCAGAAAGAGGGGCAUUGAUUUUUCUCGAUGAUGAGGAUGGGACAAUAGGAAUGGAAGAAAUCUAUGGAAAGAUUGCAGGAGGAAAAUAUGGGUGCUCGUGGGAUGCCUUCCAGGCUUACAAACACUUGAAGUUGCUUGGCUACAUUAUUGGACGAUAUGGUGUCCCCUGGACAAUGAAGCAUAACCCUACUUGUGAAACCACUGAUUCCCUGGAGAGUAUGCCUGACACUAACCAGAGCUUCGAUAGAGCCGACGGUGUCCGCAGCGGCAUCGCGAAAUUACUCAAAGAAAUGCACAUAGAUGGGUUGCAUCCAUCCUUUGAAGUGUAUCUACCAAAUAGCAAAUUUAGAAAGUCAUCCCCUGGAGCCCCUUGUUUCUUCCUAUCUAUGUUAAGAGACAAACCACCAUCAAGGGAUGAACUGGAAACCAUCGAAAGCAAGUGUGGCGGCAUUCCUCUUAAAUUUUGUCAAGUUGAUAAUGGACGUGUCAGCCUUCUCUCCUUCGACAAAGUUCUACUUCCUAGUUUGCCCUGACAGAUAGCAGCAGAAAUGGUUGUUAUUUUUCACUUAUUCUGAACUUCUGAUCUUGUAAAGGUAUCACCUCAAUCUGCAUUAGGAUGUGUACUCA